AUGGUACGUAGUCGAAGUGAAACAAAUUUAAAUCGAAUAUUUAUCGAUUUAUGUACAAGUCCAGCUGUACGUAAUAAAUUUGGUGAUCAACGUAAUAAUCAACGACAAUGUCCAUCACCUUUGCCAAGUUUGAAACCGAUUAAAUCCAAUUCUUGUUCAAAUAUAGAUGAGUUGUCCCAACAGAUUUCAUCAUCAUUACCUAUUGAGAAUAAUCAAAAGGAACAAAAAAAUACAGUAGAUCAAGCAACUGUUCAACAAGUACCCGUUUUAGGAAAUCAAUCUGUUGAAUCUUCAGGAGCAGCUACUCCGUCAUUGGCACCUAUGGAAUCAACAGGUUUUUCUGUUCAAACAACUUCAUUUCCAAAUCAUCAUUCAUUAACAUUAUUUGAAACAUUAUCUAUCAGUCAUCUUAGACAUCCUUCAUUACACAGAGAAACUUCUAAAGAAACGAAAACUAAAAUUUCACCAGUGCCGUCGAAUUCCUCAACUGCAUCACGAGAUUUAAAACAUCAAGAUUUUCUAAAUCGUUUACAAGAUCACGCAAAUAAUAUUCAACAUGGAUAUCAACGAUCACCAUCUGAUGAAAUAAUAGCACUAACAUACAAUGGAAAUACAUCACUCGAAAAUAAUACUUAUACGAAUAAUACGUAUAAUGUCGCAUCAAAUCUUUCUCGACAAAUGACACUUGAUUCAAGAACUGGUGCAUGUUCAACAUUAUCACAGUUAUCAUCAUAUACAGAUGACAGUCAACUUGAUAAACCUCGAAAACCACGAUCGUUGAUGAGUUCAUUUCGAAAUUCAAUACUGCAUCGACGCAAAAAACAUCAUAAAAAAGAUCAACAAAAUGAACAUCCUGAAAUUUCACCAUUGAACAGUACAAUAGAAACUCGGGUUAUUCCACAUAGUGUAUCAGCAGAACCAUGUCUAUCUAUAAGCUCAACAGAUACAAUAAAGUCUAAUCGACAUCCUUCACUAUAUCGAUCGUUUAGAAAUAUAUUUCGAUCAAAAUCAAAGAAACAAACAUUAGAUACUAGUAAUGUUAUUAUGGAACGUCCUGAUUCACUUUCUACAUUAACAUCAACACCAAAAAAACGUCCAUUUUUUCGUCGAUUUAAAUCAGAAAAAAAACAACAGCAAACUAAUCAAUCAGCUAAUUCAUUAACCAGUGAUGAUUGUACAAGGUCAGAGUCUGCACGAAAUACACCUAUUCGAGCUAAUGUUGGUCGUCCGGUGACAAUGACAAAACCACCUGUUCAAUAA